AUGGAGGACAAAGACGCGGAGGUGCUCCCAGACGCUCCCCAGCCAGACGAUACCCAAAAGACCGCGGAGGACGAAGCUACCGGCCUAGAAGGAGACGCAGACAAGGACGCGAAAAAAGAAGCCAAUUUAGAGGAUAUAUUAUUCAAGGACGACGACGAUGACGAUGUCAAGAAACCAAAGGAAGAAUCCGCAGAGGAGAAGAAGGACGUCAAGCUAGAGGACAUGUUUAACGACGAUGACGACGAAGAUGAAGAGUUUCCAGAUUCGGAUGCAGUAGAGAUACCAAAACAGCCCGCGCCUCCUACUGCUCAAGUCGACCCGGAGUCGAUGUCUGCCUUUUACCAGCGCCUAUUCCCAUUCAAAUAUCUCUUCCAAUGGCUUAACCACGGUAUACAGCCAUCUACGGAUUUUGGUAACCGAGAGUUUGCAUUCACGCUUCCAAACGAUGCGUAUUUACGAUAUCAAUCAUACCAAAUGGCGGAUAUGCUUCACAAAGAUGUGAUGCGAUUAAACCCCUCUCGUUUUGAAAUCGGCCCUGUCUACACCACAAACCCACGAGACCGCAAAAGCUUACCGAAACCAGGCGCCUUCAAGCCCAUCUCGAAGGAACUAGUCUUCGAUAUCGAUUUGACAGAUUACGAUGAUAUAAGAACAUGCUGUAGCAAAGCUAAUAUAUGUCUCAAGUGCUGGUCAUUUGUGACAAUGUCCAUCAAGGUAAUUGACGCUGCUCUACGGGAAGACUUUGGGUUCGAGCACAUCUUGUGGGUGUACUCUGGACGAAGAGGCGCUCACGCUUGGGUAUGUGAUAAAAAGGCGCGCAAUCUCCCAGACGACAGACGGAGGGCCAUCGCCGGAUACUUAGAAGUGGUUCGUGGAGGCAGUCAGAGCGGGAAACGUGUCAACCUCAAACGGCCCUUACACCCACAUAUCGCUCGAAGUCUCGAGACCCUGAAACCAUAUUUUGCCUCUACUAUUCUUAUGGACCAGGACUCGUUCAGUAAGCCGGAUCAAGCCAGUCGACUUCUCGAGCUACUUCCAGAUAAGACGUUAAAGGCAGGGCUGCAGAAAAAAUGGGAGUCCGCGCCUGAACGAUCUAGCAGUAGCAAGUGGGCGGAUAUCGAUGCCGUUGCAAGGACGAGCUCACGCGGCCUUGACACAAAAGCUUUACUAGAGGCGAAACAAGAUAUCGUUCUAGAAUAUACAUACCCGCGGCUCGAUGCCGAAGUCAGCAAGAAACUGAUCCAUUUGCUCAAGAGUCCGUUUGUUGUUCACCCAGGCACUGGCAGGGUAUGUGUUCCAAUUGAUAUUCGGAAAGUGGACGAGUUCAACCCCCUAGAAGCCCCCACUCUAUCAGAUCUCUUGGAUGAGAUCAAUUCCUGGAGUCCAUCACAGGCGAGCCAGCAGGAUCAGAUGCCAGCAUCGGAUAGCGGCAGCGGCCAGGACGAGACCGAUACUGCUGCUAAACCAAGGAAGGUACAGGACUAUGAGAAAACGAGCUUGAAGCCAUACAUCGACUACUUCCGCUCCUUCGUUGCAGGGCUAAACAAGGAUGAACGACCAGUUAAGAGAGAGAGAGCAGAGGAUGGCUCCAAUGCCAUGGAGUUUUAG